UGGCUUGCGGUGUUCAGAAGGCGAGCCCGUCGACUUGGGAUGCGACAUAAAUCUCCCCCAUUAUCCUCCUUAGUUUAAGCCUCCCAGAGUCGUUCCGGUUUCGAUCGAGGCGUUUUCUAAGUAAACUUGGGAUCGAAAGUCGCCGUAUUCCUUCAUCAGACAAGGUCAAAAAUGCAGCUAACAAAUCUGGUGCUCCUUGCCGCCGCGGGCAUCGCGCCCAGCGUCAACGCAGCUGCAACUCUGCGUUUCUCAUGCUCGCAACUUGUUGUGGAACGUCUUGAUCCCCUCGUCAACCCUGGAGAGAACCCAUCUCCUCAUCUUCACCAGGUUGUCGGAGGAAAUGCCUUUAACGUCAGCAUGGACCCCAACGUGCAUGACUUGCCUUCGACGGCGACAUGUACUUCCUGCACACCGGUGGAGGACUUCUCCAACUACUGGACUGCCGUUCUCUUCUUCAAGGCAAGGAACGGAACACUCCACCGAGUCAACACUUUCGGCAACGAGCUCGGCUUUACGGGCGCCAAGGGUGGCCAGACGGUGUACUACCUCUCGUCGGGCAAGGUAACGGCGUUCAAGCCCGGCUUCCGCAUGACAGUCGGUGACCCUAACAUCCGCACGGCCGAGGAGCUCAACCGCAGGUACAAGUAUAUGGACUUCACCUGCCUCGCCUCGUCCAUGACCCGAGGCGGCCAGACCUUGUACUUCCCUAAGAAGCCAUGUGCAGCCGGCAUCAUGGUCAGCAUCCGCUUCCCGACCUGCUGGGAUGGCAAGAACCUCGACAGCCCCGACCACCAGAGCCACGUAGCCUACCCGAACGGGAACGCGUGUCCGUCGACGCACCCAGUCACGAUCCCGCAGGUCUUCUACGAGACUUACUGGGACACGCGGCCGUUCAACAACCAGGCCGAGUGGCCUGCAGACGGCUCGCAGCCUUUCGUCUGGUCCUUCGGCGACAAGACGGGCUACGGCAUCCACGGAGACUACGUCUUCGGCUGGAAGGGGGACGCCCUCCAGCGCGCCAUGGACGCCAAUUGCAACAGCGACCUCUUCGCCAACAAGAUCAACUGCCCCACCCUCCAGACCCAGUCCCUCGACCAGGCCAACAAGUGCACGAAGCCCAGGACCGUCACCGAGAACCUCGACGGCUGGCUCAAGGAGCUUCCCGGAGGGAUGCCCAUCAACUAAAGGGGGUUUAUGGUUCUGAUGAAUUGAUUAGAGUGUUGCUCAAGGGGACGUGAAGGCAGUUUCGAGGGAGUUAGAGCUUUCAGCAUCACCACCAAUUUUUCACACCCCCCUUUUGACGCAUG